AAUGCCGCGCGCUCCGUGCCUAGAAGACUACAUACACUGCAUGAACUUGAAGGAAAGCCAAAGACAAAAGCCUCAUAAUGUCUGAGAGAAAAGUAUUAAACAAAUACUACCCACCUGAGUUUGACCCGUCAAAGAUCCCUAAACUCAAACUCGCCAAGGAGAGGCAGUACACGGUCCGAAUCAUGGCUCCAUUUAACAUGCAAUGCAAAGUGUGUAACGAGUACAUCUACAAGGGAAAGAAGUUCAAUGCCAAGACAGAGAACGUUCACAAUGAGAACUACUUGGGUCUGCGCAUCUAUCGCUUCUAUAUCAGGUGUCCGAGGUGUAUCUCCGAAGUGGUCUUUAAGACUGAUCCUGAAAACACAGACUAUACCCUGGAACAAGGAGCUACGAGGUUAUUUGAAGCAGCCAAGCUCUACCAAGCAGCUGAAGAGGAAGAGAAAAGACAGGCAGAGGAAGAUGCACAGAAUCCUAUGAAGUUGCUGGAGAACCGGACCAAGGAUUCCAAAAAUGAGAUGGAGGUGAUGGAGAACCUGGAAGAGCUGAGGGAGCUCAAUAUGAGACAGUCUGCUAUCAAUUAUGAGGAGAUUCUAAAACAAGGAGCUGAGCAGGAGGCCCUUCGGCUGAAACAACAGGAAGAGGAUGAUGAAGAGGAAAUCAGGAGAUUAUUUGGCAAAGGAGGUGACGGUAUAGUAAUAAAGAGACUCAACGAUGACGACAGCGAAGACGAUGAAUCACCCAGUGUUUUCAAAGUUCCAUCAUCCUCUUCAUCGUAUAAACGACCUACAGAUAUUCUUACAGAUGAAACCAGUGGGCCAUCAGGUGCCAAGAAGCAGAAGGUAGGAGAAUCUUCAUCAAGGUCAACUACAAAGUCAUCCUCAAGGUCAUUUCUAGCUGGCCUGGUCAAGGUCAAAAAGAGCGAUAGCAGCAACAAAGCUGAUCAUGGAAAUACAAGAACAUCGUCGGAAUGUAAUCCAGAGGAGGUCGUCGGAUCUGCAUCGAAUCAAUCAGAUGCUGCAACAGACGCAGCACAAUUAUCAGUAGGUGGAACUGCACCAACAGACACAGCACGAUCUUCCAUUGAUGGGACUAGAGACAUUGAGAAGAGAACUGAAUCUGGUGAAUCGCAAAGCAAGAACUCUGAUCAGGCAACGGAUUCCGAGGAGGCCGAGUCUUCAUUUGCGAGUAGCAUACAAGAAGGACUCAAGAAGCAGAAGGUUGAAUCGCAAAAGGUCGCUAAAGAGAAAUCAAGUGGAUUAAGUUUGCUUGGUGGGUAUGAUUUUAGUGACAGUGAUAUUAGUGAUUCAGCUUCAGAUUCAUAAAUGAGCUCCAGGAUGGUAAGAAAAUGGUAUGAGAUUUUAUUGGCCCAUGAUAUUAAUCUCCUUACACUAAAAAGAGCAUUUGAAUCAGGGCUUGAAUAUGUCAUCUUGAUAGUAAUAAUAAUAGUGAUAUAAAACUGUAGUCAAAUUGGAUAAUGCUUAUCAGAGGCCCGUAAUACAAAUCUUAGCAAUGAUCGUAGACACACUUUUCUCUGAUUGAUUCAAUUGACUGCAAUGUACAAUCAGUCGUAAAAAUGAAGCGUACAAUUAAUCGCUAACCUUUGUGUUACCGGGCCCAGAUUAUACAUGUAAAACACAAAUAGUAUACAUCAUCAAGGGCAUUAGUUGGAGUUACAUGCACAAGGCAAUUUGGGAAAGUCUUGAUAUGCCCAAGGCAUAGCUGAGGGCAUCUACAAUGUAGACUUUCAAAGGUAAUAAGUGUGUAUAUUUAUUCUCAUGCCUAAGCAACACAAUGUCUAUUAUACAUGUAUUAAUUGCAUUAGAGAGAUGUGGAUCCUUGUUUACUGGAUAAACCAUCCUCUCACAGGGUUCCCACAGUCAUGGAAUAUCCUGGAAAAAUUUUGGUCAGGGAAAUUGGAAAAUUUGUGAAGUCAUGGAAAUGCAUUUACCUCUUGGCUAUGGCAGCUUUCCAGUUUGUCGUGUCUUGCAACUCUCAUAAUCUGUGAUCAUACUCUGCUUUUAUAAUUGGUGUUCAUGAUUUCCAUUUUUCCCAGUUUUGUGACAUCCCAAAUUCUACAUAACUCAUGGGAUGUCACAGGAAGUCAUGGAAAGCUGCAAUUUAGUCAUGGAAAAGUCAUGGAAUUCUGUUUUAAAAUUUCUAUGGGAACCCUGUCUCAAAUACAAGACCUGCCAAUAUAACUAGACAUUAGUACCAGUCAUUAGCAAAUCCUGUGAAAAUAAAUGGUAAAUGAAUAAUAAUAAUAGCUGUGUUUAUAAAGCGCCUUUUGCCUGAGGAUACAAAGCGCUGCUAUUAUUACCCCUGCUGUAGCUCGAGCUACCAUCAGCGGCGCUCAGUGCAUGCAAGGAAUUAAUCCUGCCGGGUACCAAUUCACCUCAGCUGGGUCGAGUGCAGCACAUUGCGGAUAAAUUUCUUGCUGAAGGAAAACACGCCAUGGUUAGGAUUCGAACCCACGACCCUCUGUUUGAAAGGCGAGAGUCAGAACCACUAGACCACGACGCGCCCGCUAAUUGCCAAUUCGUCCACUGCCAACUUGUCCACUCACCACAUCAUUUAGUCGAAUGUCAUUCUGUCCAUCAACAUUUCGUCAAUUAUAAUGUAUCAAUUAAUUCUUUAAGAUUCAUUAUAUUUUUGUAUUUUCCUAUUUUUUCCAUGUUAUUACUCAAUGAAUUUUUGGACAACUUUUUGCAGUAGGAUAAGAAUGAUUUGAUAUUGGUGAAUAAGUUGACAAUUGGCACUCCAUAAAAGUGUGGUCUAAGUUAACCUAGGUUUAACUAAACCAUGGCUAUCAGAAUAUCACCCCGUUGAGUU